UAAAAACAUACUACAGUACCCCUGUGGACAAGUUUGGCAGACGAAGACAGCUGUAUUUUCUUGCGAGAGCUUAUUUAUGUUGGAAUCAUAGUUUGCAGUCACUGGGAUUUGAAGGUGUCUUUAGAGUAUACUAAUCUAUCUUCAUAAGAAACGCCGGACAGUACAUGAACUGGACUACGAUAUGACGUACAGGCUUUGGGAAUUCCAUCUGCAGUGUUCGGGUUAUUGAGGGACCAGAGGGAGUGCAUGCGUGCAUUUGUUCUCAGUUGUGGGUGACGACCCUGUGGCCUCUAUUCCUUCAAUGUGGCCCAUGUUGUGUCGGUGGUGGUUGGCAGGCUGAAGUCUACGUGUGUGAGGAGUUUUCUCAUGGCGGUUGGGCUCUUCGGGCUCCUGCUUUUCAUUUCUCAGUCUCCCUCUGUCCCGUCCAGGCCGCCUUACCGUGACCAUGCUACCCCUUCACCACCCCUGCUCACCCCCUUCAACCACACCACCCACUGGCCCCAUCCUAAUGGGACCCUGCAGCAGCUCCCUGAUAUCAUCAUCAUUGGGGUGAGGAAGGGAGGGACACGGGCGUUGAUUGAAAUGCUGAGUCUGCACAGCGCGGUAGUUGCUGCCCAAAAUGAAGUGCAUUUCUUCGACUGGGACAGCCACUACCAGAGAGGCCUUGACUGGUAUCUGUCCCAAAUGCCUUUCUCUUACCCUGGGCAGCUGACGGUGGAGAAGACCCCAGCAUACUUCACAUCGAGUAAAGUCCCUGAGCGGAUUAAACGAAUGAACCCUGAUGUCAGGUUGCUGUUGAUUCUGAGAGACCCAACAGAGCGCGUUCUGUCAGACUACACACAGGUGUUUCACAACCGGCUACAGAAACACAAGUAUCUCCAGCCCAUCGAAUCUCUCCUACUGCGGGACGGGGAGCUGAACCUGGACUACAAGGCUUUGAACCGGAGCCUCUACUAUGUCCACAUGCAAAACUGGCUCCGGCACUUUCCGCUGGAACGCAUCCACUUGGUGGAUGGAGACGCGCUGAUCCGAGAUCCCCUUUCCGAGAUGAAGAAGGUGGAGGAGUUUUUAGAUUUGGAGCCUCAGAUUAAUGCCUCCAAUUUCUACUUUAAUCGGACUAAAGGCUUCUACUGCUUGAGAGAGCACGGGCGUGAACGCUGCCUGCAUGAUUCCAAAGGACGAACACAUCCCCGCGUGGCUCCUGACAUUCUUCAGAAACUCUAUGGCUACUUCAGCCAGCCCAACAGAAAGUUCUUCCAGCUCGUGGGAAGAACAUUCGAGUGGAAUUGAGCUUUCUGGCUCUCAUUUGGACAUGAGUGAUGAAGAUUAUAACAGUGUUACUCAGACGUGAACAAAAAGGAAUUGUCAGUGUAAUGUAUUCUGCAUUAGAAGGUUUUGUUUGUUUUUGAACUUCACUGGCGCUGGGUGAAAAAUAUUCCAUAAGAUUCUGAUCUGUUGGCACUAUUCGACUGGCACUUGGUCUUUUUUGACAGAUUUUUUUUUCCAUCAAAAUCUUGAGCACUAUUGUAGGUCUAACUCAGUUCUUCUCUAGGUAUAUUAGUCAAGUUUAUUCUCUUAUCAGCUUAUCAGAAUGCUUUGGUAUGUGAUCUAACCUCGCUUUACAUUCUAACAAUACUCUCCAAAUGUCAAUGCACUGUUUUGUAAAAAUAAAUGUA